AUUCCAGCAGAGUGCACUGGCAGAGCGGGAAUGACUCACAGGCACGGGUGCUCAGGUUCCCACAGGUGAGGCGACAGACUCCUUUCUCCGGAGGAGAGAAAGGAGAGCCGAGGUGCUCUCUCCACCAGGAGUGGCCUGGGCAGGGUGCUGGCGUGCUUGGUCCGCCCGGUCUGGUCUCUGGGGCCAGGGCUGGGUUUCCCUCAUGUAUGGCAAGAGCCCUACGCGUGCUGUGCUUUUUCUCCUUGGCUUACAGCUCACAGCUCUUUGGCCAAUAGCAGCUGUGGAAAUUUACACUCCCCGUGUGCUGGAGGCUGUCAAUGGGACAGAUAUUCGGUUAAAAUGCACUUUCUCCAGCUUUGCCCCAGUGGGUGAUGCUCUCACAGUGACCUGGAAUUUCCGUCCUCGAGAUGGGGGCCCUGAGCAGUUUGUUUUCUACUUCCAUGUGGAUCCCUUCAAACCCAUGAGUGGGCGCUUCAAGGACCGAGUGGUCUGGGAUGGGAACCCUGAGCGGUAUGAUGUCUCCAUCCUCCUCUGGAAGCUGCAGUUUGAUGACAACGGGACAUACACCUGUCAGGUGAAGAACCCGCCUGACGUUGAUGGGCUGAUCGGGGAGAUCCAGCUCAGCGUCGUGCAGACCGUGCGCUUCUCUGAGAUCCACUUCCUGGCUCUGGCCAUUGGCUCCGCCUGUGCACUGAUGGUCAUAAUAGUAAUUGUGGUGGUCCUCUUAAAGCAUUUCCGGAAAAAGCGACGGGCUGAAAGAGCACAUAAAGUGGUGGAGAUAAAAUCAAAAGAAGAAGAAAAGCUCAACCAGGAAAAAAAGGCUUCUGUUUCUUUAGAAUACACAGACUAACAUUCUUACAUGGAAGCUGAAGAUUUCCCAGAACAAGAACCCUAAGAUAAGCUGGAGUUAAUGGAAGCUUUUCUUUGGCUUUUUCAGUUGUGACCUGCCUUCCAACCAACACUGCAGUAUAUAACCACCUAGACCAGCAACGUUCCUCUGGAGCCAGCAUAGGGCCCUUCUUGAGUAAAUACCACCAGACUCACAAACAGCUCUGUUACUAAGGUUUUAUUUAAUUUCAGAGUGCAAAUAUUUUUCAAAUGCUCACUAGGUUUUAUAUACUAAGAAGCUAUAUUUUUGCCCUUAAACACUCCUUGAGGAUUAUGAUUUAUAUUCACAUAUAUUGGCUCAAAUGAGAUAAAAACCAAACUAUUAUGUUUACUUUGAUAUAUUAAUUUCUUUAGAGCAGCAUUUUAGCUACUAAAGUUAACAUGUUUAUUCUUUCUUUCUCACCUGCUCGAUUAAAAGGUGAGCUAAUUCUCUCAACCGUUUUGAUUAAUUAACAGAAAAUCCUAAAUUCAAACUGUUAAAGAACAGUUUGAUUUUUCUGACUCUCCUUAAGUAUGAGACACAUCUUAUUUUAUUCAAUUUCUUUCAAUAUCCUAGAUGGCAGGGUUUUGUUUUUGUUUGUUUUUGGUCAGUUGACCUAGGGUUUACAGUAGCACAAGCCGAAACCACAGAGUAACUAGGGAAGGUGACACCAAUGCUAAUAGAUCGACUAAUGCCACCUCAGGAUGAAACGCUUGUCACCUUUUUUCUGUGCUCUGAUAAGUGAUCAACAGCUCUGAUUUUUCAUGAGCAGUGAAUGACUGUUUAGAUUACUAUAUUCCCCACUUCCAAUUCAAUUAUUUAUAACAAAAUAAUUUAGAGCAAAAUCUAUGCUCAUUUGUAGACUGGAAUCAUUACGCAGUUAAACAGAAGGAUUCUGAAGUAGUAUAUUACAAUUUAAGAAUUUAGGGGUAAUGAAAAAAAAUCAACCUAAGUGGUGAUAAUUUUCUCUAGUGUUACCCAACGCUCUGAGAACUGGAAGAGGUUACAUUUUUUCUUUCUUUUAUUUAUUUUUUGUUUUAAGACAGCUUGAUAC